AUGUUUCAUACCACAGCGAUCGGUCAUAAUAUAUAUGAGACAGAGGAGUCAGCAAAGGGGCAGGAGCAGCCGGGUGUUGUAUUAGAUGAUUCUAGUAGUAGUACAUCCAUAAUCUCAAAGCAAUCCAGUGGGGUUUCCGGGAACUCAAACAAGGAAGAACUUGAGCGGGAGUUAUCUCAGAUAUCUAGUUUACCUAAUGAGUUGACUAAGUUGGUUGAUAUAUUUAUAUCUGAUUUGAAGCAACCGAAGUAUUUGAAGCCUUUAUCGAUUUUUCUGUUAUCUGGGUUAUUUCAACAAUUCUACAAUAAAUUUGAUGCUGCAUGUUCGCAGUAUGUAAACCGCCAAAGCAGUAACGGAGUUUUGAAUGCCAGUACGUCAGCUUUGGAUAAUUUAGGGUUUGGGACUGCCAGAGAAACGUUGAGUACAGGUUUGAGUGGUAUAUUAAAUAGAAGCAGAAGUGGUAGUGGGCCUUAUCACAAAAAGCGUUCAUCUUCGUUAUUUGGAACUGAUUCACAGAACAAUUCUCAGUCUGUUUUGAACCCUGAAGAGAUUCAAAGGCACUUGAGAAUCCAGGAAACCAAUACUCUGAAGAUUGAUAGAUAUUUGGAUAUUUGCGAAAGGGAUAUAUUUCAGAAGAUUUUGGAGGUGGGCACAUCGGUACCGGGUAGUUCUCAGACUUCCGUUCAGAAUCGCAAAGCUCAAGUUCUGGAUUUGUUUCGUAACAGUCCUGAAUUCAUGGAAUAUGAUACGAUAUUAACGUUAAAGAUCCAGCAUUUGAAAGAGCUAGCUGAAAGUGGCAAGUUAGAUUUGCCCGAAUUUUUGGGAAUGUCCAGGAACUUGGAUAUUGAUUCACAAUCCUUAGGUGAACAUUUAAAAACACUAGUAGAGGACCGUAUGUCCCCUGUAGAGAAAAUGGCUCAAUUACUACAGAUACAUGAAAAAAUGACAAGAUUGAAAGAUGCAUCGAGCAAUGAUGAUUAUUUGUCAUUGUUGCUAUACGAUAUUAUAUUGAAUCCGGUCAAGAUGCUGUACUUGAAUAUUCAGUUUAUUAAACUUUUCAGAUUUAACAAGAAGCUUGUUGCAAAUGAACAAUAUGCGCUCACUAAUAUGACUGCAGCAAUGUACUUCUUAGAGAAUUUGACAAUUAAUGAUCUACCUGAUACUGUAAAAAAGCAUGCGUCUCCGGAUUUCAUUUUUGUACUAUCAGAAAGAAUUAAAUUGCCAGAUAUUGACUCUGAGGAUAAACCAGAGUUACCGCGAACCAAUUCUUAUAAAUUUAUGAUGGGGUCGACACUAGAUAACUCAUUGAGAAAUAUAUUUGGAAAAAUCAAAUCUUAUACACCUCCAACGCCAAACCACACUGUUGCAUUAAACUCAGGUAGUCAUAACCAGCAAUAUCCCGAACAUACAGCAUCUCAGCUCUCAAAUCAAAGCCAAAUACAGCAAAUUCAAAACCAUAGACCGCAGACCCAGCUCCAUAAUGAUGUUCCAAGUAGGAACAAUUCACAAUCAUCGUUGAAAGUGGAAGAAAUUGUCAAAAGCAGAAUAAUCAUCCCUGAAUCAUGGAAAAGGUUUAAAGGCCGUGAAUUUAAAGAUUUGAAGGUCUCUGAGCUAAGAAUGGUAUUUGACACCUAUCAAAAACUAUUAAGGACACUAGAGUCAUGA